UCUACUGCCUUUCCACAGUGGAUUUGCCCGCCCUGGCCUCCCCACUUUGUUCUUACUGCUUCCUGCUGCUUUCGGAGAGCUUCGAGCCUCGCCUUCUUGCCAUGCUGAGCAAGUGGAAGGAGACUCAGAGAGCGUUUGCUGCUGCAGCAACUGCUGCUGCAGCACCGUCUGCUGCAGCACCUUGUGCCGCAGCACCGUCUGGUGCAGCACCUGCCACUGCAGCACCUACUGCUGCAGCACCUGCCGCUGCAGCGCCUGCUGCUGCAGCACCUGCAAGGUUCACGCCAGCGGACUUCGUCUUUGGCGUCACGUGGGCAGCAGAAGAAAAGACCCUUGAGGCCUCUGCUUCCCACGAGGAGGCCCCUCAGGGUUUGGAGCCCUUCAAGCUGCAAGCAAAGGCUCUUGGAGCUUUGGGGGUGGGCCCCCCAGGGGCCCCUUUGCCCUGUGGGUGGCGGCGCGUGACCAGUGGACCAGAGGUCAAGAGCAACUUUGCUUCUACGCUGCUGUCUAAAGAAGCCCGCGGCCAAAUUCGCCCAGAGGACCUUCUGCUGCUGCUGAGGCCCGACGGCCACAUUGCUAGCUUCUGGAGU